AGCAUUAGUGCAAUCACCACUGUUUGUUUGUUAUCCUACCUUACCUUUUAUUUUUUGGAGGCACACACACACACCUCUCUCUCUAUGAUUCUCUCCCUCUCUCUGAAAACUGAAGAGUAUGUUUAUGCUACAAGCUGGAGUUUGGUGCAUGAUGAGGAUACAAGGGACAUGAGUUGCAUGGAGGCCCCAUAUGUCUUCCUUAAUGCCUUGAUGCUUUGGGCAUUCAAGAAAAAUGCUAGGCACACAAGCACAAAACUAGCAGAAAAAUCCACUUCUUUUGGAUUAUUCCUACACUAGAAAAGUUUAAAAAGUUAUCUUGGAUUUACUUAUUUAUUCUCCGCUCUUCCUUGGAAAAUUUUGAUUACCUUAUCCUGGAUUUCUUCAUUGCUUCCUUAAAAAAGAUGCCUCUAAUGAGGCAAGAUCCAACUCUACUACAUUUUCUUUGUCACUAAUGUGGCCAGCACCCUGUCUUUGUAUUGGAUGAUGAGUGUGUGUGUGGUUUGGGCACAAGUCACACCAACACACACCAUCAACAAAAAGGACCUAGCUAUGCUAAGCUAGAGUGAUCCUAAUCAAAUCAACAGGACCCCUAAAAUUCCACCCAAGUGCUUGUGCUAUGUGUGACCCUAACUGUGAAGUCAUGCUUGCAUAUAACACCAAGGAAAUGCAUACAAAAAACACACCAAUAAUAUGUACACUUUUUUCUUAUCAGGGAUACUCUCUGAAGGUGAAAGGCCAUAGAGAGAAAGAGAGAGAGAGAGAGAGAGCUAGUAUGGGGCUCACAGAAAGUUAGUAGCUAUGAACAGUGAACACACACACUCACAAAAUUGAAGGUGUGGUCCUGAAAGCUCCUCUCUUCCCUUGGAGGUUUAUAUAUAUAUAUAUAUUAGCAAGGCUGAUUGUGCCUUUUCUCUAAAGAGAAGAGAAGGGCCACAUCUUAUUAGUCCCCCUCACAUUUGCCAUUAGCUUAAGCUUCAGCUUUUUAGCUGGCAGAUCUUAAGGCUUCAGAAUUUCUCUUUAAUUCAUCAAGGAUAUCAAGAAGUUCUUCACCAUGAAGUACAUGAAGCUUGGGACAAAGCCUGACACAUUCUACACCGAAGAAGCUGUCAGGUCUGUACUGUCAGACGUACCUGCUGAUCUCAUCAUACAUGUCAACAACACAAAGUAUCAGCUACAUAAGUUCCCCCUCCUCCUCAAGUGCGGCCUCCUGCAGCGCCUCUGCUCCGAUGACGACGGCGUCGACGGCGUCGAUGCGGCGCCGGUGCCGGUGGCGCUGCACGACAUCCCCGGCGGCGAGGAGGCGUUCGAGCUGUGCGCCAAGUUCUGCUACGGCAUCUCCAUCAACAUCGGCGCGGGAAACUUCGUGGCGGCGGCGCUGGCGGCGAGAUUCCUCCGGAUGACGGAGGCGGUGGCCAAGGGGAACCUCGUCGCCAAGCUCGACUCCUUCUUCGACUCGUGCAUCCUCCAGGGCUGGAAGGACCCCAUCGCCGCCCUCACGGCCGCGUGGCGGAUCUCCGGCUGGUCCGAGAGCCGCAUCGUCCAGCCCUGCGUCGACGCCAUCGUCGAGAAGAUCCUCACGCCCCCCUCCAAGGUUACGUGGUCGUACACCUACACGAGGCCUGGGUACGCAAAGAAGGCCCACCAGUCAGUGCCCAAGGACUGGUGGACGGAGGACGUGUCGGAGCUGGACAUCGACGUCUUCCGCUCCCUCCUCUCCACCGUCUGCGCCGCCCGCCUCCUCCCGCCGCCGCUCAUCGGCGAGGCCCUCCACGUCUACGCCUGCAAGCACCUGCCUGACCCGCUCAACCACGCCGCCGCCGCCGCCACCGCCAACGGCCAGAGCUCUGAGCUGGAGACGGCGGCGGCGAAGCAGCGUCGCGUGCUGGAGACCAUCGUCACCAUGAUCCCCGGCGACGCCGGCGCGGUCACCGGCCGCUUCCUGCUCCGGCUGCUCCGCGUGGCGAGCUACGUCGGCGCGUCGCCGUCGACGCGCGCGCAGCUGGUCCGGCAGGCCGGGGCGCAGCUCGACGAGGCGAGGGCGGUGGACCUGCUCGUCCCGAUGCCGUCGUCGUCGGACCCGCCGGCGUACGACGUCGGCGCCGCGGAGGCCGUGCUCGAGCACUUCCUGGCGCUGUUCCAGCGGCCGGCGCCGCCCGACGAGCGGCGGCGGAUGAGCGCCGCCAUGGAGAAGGUGGCCAGGACGUUCGACGAGUACCUCCGCGCCGUCGCGCUCCACGCCGACUUCCCCGUCGGCAAGUUCGUCGACCUCGCCGAGUGCUUGCCGGACAUCGCCCGCAACGACCACGACGGCCUCUACCACGCCAUUGACACCUAUCUCAAGGAGCACCCGGAGCUGAGCAAGGCGGACAAGAAGCGGCUAUGCCGGAUGAUCGACUGCCGGAAGCUGUCGCCGGACGUGCGGGCGCAGGCGAUCUCCAACGACCGGAUGCCGCUGCGCACCAUCGUGCAGCUGCUCUUCGUCGAGCAGGAGAGGGCCAUGGGCGGCGGCGGCGCAAGCGGCAGCAACAGCGCCGUCGCGCCCGACGCCAUCGCAAUGCUCGCCGCAAGAAAGGAGAAGGAGGACGAGCCGCCGGCGCCGGCCGCUGACCACAAGUCGGACGUGCACCGGCCACGCGGCGACCACGGCGAACGCGCCCGGGCGGACGGCGCGGCGAUGACGAGGUCGCUCUCGGCGUCCACCACCAAGACGGCCGGCGCUGCCGCGCCGAGGACGGCGGAGAGUAGGGGGAGCAGGAUGAGGAACAAGUAAAUCAAUGGUGGUCGCCCAUGAAUGGAUGACAUUCUUGUUUCUUCUGAUCCCUUGCUUGAAAUUUGUUGAUACUUGUGAUUCUUGAUUUUUUUUUCUUUUGGUAUUCUUUUUCUAUUUUCUUCUUCAUUUUGAUUUCAGUGCAUCCCAUUUUUGGUGGGAGAUGUGAGGGCCAUAUUGUUGAAAGAGGGAAGAGAAUGAGGGGUAGAUUUUGUAAUUAAAUGGAUGGGGGAUAAUAAGAGGCUAUAAUCAUACGACCUAGCAUAGCUCACCAAUCAAGAAAAAUGUCCAUCUUCAUCAUUCAUUCCA